AUGGCCCUGGUAGAAUACUCCGACUCGGAAUCAGAAUCAUCAGCAGAACCAAGUCCCCCACCCCCGGCCAAAAAGGCCCGAAAGAACACCACCCCCUCAGACAUCCCCCCCUUACCAGCGGCAUUCCACGACCUGUACGCGACGAGCACUCGCGUCAGCGUCAGCGACGAUCCCAGUCUCCACGGAGGGCGCAAGAGAGCUAUUCCGCAUGUUGAAGGGAACUGGCCAACCCAUCUGUAUCUAGAAUGGUAUCCAAGUAAUGAAGAGUUCGCCUUGCUGAGCGACACGAUCAGUCAAAUGAGAGCUCAGCUGGGCAAGGCCAGCCCAGAGCCGGAAAUACACAGUCUGCUGCGGAGCGACCUCGGCGUUAGACUUCCUCUUCAUAUUAGUCUCUCACGGCCGGUCGUGCUCCGCACCGAACAGCGGCAAUCGUUUACGACGGCGUUCCAAACGGCCAUUCGAAAGUCGAAUAUUGAAGCCGUGACAACCACCGUCGAAACCCUAGACUGCGUCUCCAACUUCGAAAAAACGCGCUGGUUCUACGUCCUACGCGUGAACAGACCCGCAGACGAUAGCUUGAACCGCUUGCUUGGACUAUCGAAUCGCUCUCUGGCGCUGUUCGAUCAGCCGCCAUUAUAUGCGAAAUCGACGGACGUCGACAGAAAGCAAGUGUCGGGUCAUCCGUCUGGCGAUUACUCUCGUUGUUUUCAUAUCUCUUUGGCGUGGAGUUUGACGGAACCGUCUCUGGAGGCGAGGGAGCGAAUCGCGUCGAUGGAUUUACGGAGUCUUGGUGAUCUUGAUAUUCGGUUUGAUUGUGUUAAGGCGAAGAUUGGGAAUCAGAUUUCGAGUAUUCCGCUUUCUUAG